AAUAGAAGAUAUUUACGAGAACGAUAAUAUUAGUAGAAAGUUCUGACGUCAUUGGUGCGAAAAAUGUUAUCCAUUAAGGAGAAUCAAGCCUUUCUACUAGCACCGUUUUUGCAUACAGAUCCUAAUUACAGAGUAAGAUAUGAUUAACGGUUUUGCGAGGAACAUUGAAAAAUGAUACAAAGCACAACCUACUAGGAACGCUUAUUGUCGAUUCUUUGAAAAGAAAAAUAUUCUCUUCGCAAUCGUAUCGCAAAUGAUGUAUAUGCAGACGAACAUUGAGUAAAGCGUGUAACACGAAAAGAAGCUCGAUCGUUACCCUAUCGAAUAACAGCAGAUUCCUCGCAGUCAACCACGCCGGUUAUACUUCUUACAAUUGUGGUCUCGUUGAAUCGUUGGCAAUAUGAGGAAUGCAGUUGGUAACGCCAUCUGCACAAUGCAUCGUGCAAUAUUUUCACGCGAACAAUACAACUACAGGGACACGCGUAACGCGACAAUGGCGACCUGAAAGACUGGCGUGCGCUUCUUUGCUCCGUAUACUUUUGACAUCUCACCAGUGUUUACUGUGCCCUUUUCGCAUAUUUGUGAAUGUGAAAUAUACUUGUGCUACCUUAAAAUAUGUGACUGAUGAGGUGUAAAAGUUAGAAACGAGAAAUCGCCUCGAUCCAGCCGCUAAAGUUAGUUAGGUGCACGACACAAUUCAAUGGUGUUGGUCCCUGCCGAAAAAACGGGAAAGCCAUGUACAUGUCGAUGUCUUGCCAACUAUAAUGCGGUGUGGAACACCAGUGGAAACUUACUGCCAAAAUCUAGCGUGGUGCUGAUACGGCAUGAUAAAAUAAGGGAAGAGAACGAAGGAGAUGAGCCACAAUAUUGCAGGCAUGCCACCCUUUGCAAGGAUGCCUUUAGGGGGUAUGGGUAUGGGUGUGAAUAUGGGUCCUAGUGCCCCGCAUCCUGAAUCUUCUGGACACCCCCAUCCUCCACCACCACCACCUACUGGUGCCAAUCCUAAAAAGAAACGACGUACAAACGCUAAUGUUGCUCAACCACCCCCACAGCAACCUCCAACAGUGCAGGAUUUGCUACCUCCGCCUUUAACGGGUUACGGGGACACGAUAGUGGCGAGUAACCCUUUUGACGAUACGCCACCGCAAACGAGUCAAACUCCCAUGAUGCACGGUGGUCCGCCGCACAUGCAUCCCCAUCACCCGCAUCAUAUGAGCGGACCGCCUAUGAGAGGCAUGAGUCCGUUAACUUCGAUAGGCGGGAUGAGUCCUAUGAUGCCUCACAACAUGGGUAGUAUGAGUCCUAUGGGAAACUCGCCCAUGACGAAUCAUAUGAAUCACAUGGGAGCGAUGUCUCCUAUGAAUCACGCGCCAAUAGGUGGUAUGAGUCCAAUGAAUAACAUGGGCCCAAGCAUGCCACCUGGUCCAAUGAAUACUAUGAAUAAUCAUAUGAACAUGAGUCACAUGGGUAACUCUCAACUUAGCGGUCCACCUAUGGGUAGUCCUAUGAACAAUAUGAACAGUGGUCCAAUGGGUAGUCCUAUGAAUAACAUGGGGCACAGCAUGGGAAGUCCUAUGGGUGGUCCAUUGGGUUCUCCUAUGAACACAAUGGGUGGAUCAAAUCACAUGCCUAAUGGACCAAUGAACAUGAACAAUAUUAAUAACCACAUACCACCUAAUAGCCCGUUGAACGGACCAUCUAUGAACAAUGUAAACAGUCCAUUAGGGCACAAUGGAUCUCAGCCGCAUCCGAAUCAUAUGGGAAAUAAUCUUAAUAACUUAGGAAGACCCAUGAAUGGACCUAUGACUACUAUGAGUUCCAUGGUAUCCAAUAAUAUGAAUAUGAGUGGUCCAAACCAAAUAAAUAGCAUGAACAUGGGCGGGCCACCGAUGAACAAUAUGUCUAACAUGAGUAUUAGUCAUCAUAAUCAAAUGAGUCACAUGGGAGGUCCCAUGGGUACAAUGUCUAGUAACAUGGGUGGUGGUCCACCAAUGAGCCAUCCCAUUAAUAUGGGAGGUUCUAUGCCACCUCACGGUUUCCAAGGCCCACCAGGAAUGGGACCAAAACCAAUGCCAGUUUCUGCGGGAAAGAUAUAUCCUCCAGAUCAGCCUAUGGUGUUUAACCCACAGAAUCCUAAUGCUCCGCCAAUUUAUCCUUGUGGAGUAUGUCAUAAAGAAGUGCACGAUAACGAUCAAGCGAUUCUUUGCGAGUCAGGUUGUAAUUUCUGGUUUCACAGGGGGUGCACAGGAUUAUCGGAAACUGCUUAUCAAUUAUUAACGGCAGAAGUUUACGCGGAAUGGGUGUGUGAUAAGUGCUUGCAGUCAAAAAAUAUACCUUUGGUUAAAUUUAAACCAUAACAGUUCUUGACUCGUCGUAUAUGCGACGCACGAGUGACUCUUUGUUAGCGUUUACACUUGUACACGCACACAUGCGCGUGCGAUUGCACACACAUAACUACAUACGGCAUACACUAAUGCACGAGCGAAAUCGUGCAUAUAAUAUAAACAUGCGCUGUUUGUUAAUAUCUUAGCUUUAACUUGUUGAAAUAUUAGGGUAUCAUUAUGAGUCGUAUCGAUGAAGGAGAUGGCAAGAACAACAUAUGUUUGAAAGUUACGUUACUUUUUCGCUCUAUUUACGACAAGUGGAUUCGUCUGUUUCAAAAAAUUAUUUAUGAUUUCACUUUACAGUUUAUAAAGCUGCUAGUUUGUUUUCAGUUGCCGUUAUGGUGAUAAAUAUGUUAAAAGUAAGCUCGAGAAAGCAUAGGCAUUUUUUAGAGAAAAUUGUUAAAAAAUGUACAGUGAUCGAUUAACCUUAUUGGAUUUCUUAUCACUUAACUGCAUUUAAUUCGAAAUUAAAAGAUAAUCGCAUUCGUAAAGAAGGAACGAUAUAUAAAUAUAUAUAUAUAUAUAUGAACGGUACAACCUGCUGAAACUGCAUAUUGAUAGGAGAUGAACCAACUACGUACAUUCUUUUUAUUUAGAUUUGGUUAAACGUUCCUGAUAAUAUGUAGUUGAUGUAAAAGAAAAAAAUUAACAACUGUGUAUUAUUUGAUAAAUUAUGUCUAGUUAUGUCGUUAUCAUUUUGUUACCAGGCUCGUCGCGUUGAUUAGGUAAAUCCAAAGGAUCUAAACGAUACUUUUUAAAGAAAAAAAAAAAAAAAAUUGUAAAUGCACAUCUAAAUAUGUGUAAAACAGAGUAAAUAUGAACUUCAGACGAUGUAAAUUUUUCUCGUAGCGCUGGUUGUAUUUACAAGUAUCGGGAUAUGGGAAAAUUUUUAAAUCCACUUCUUCGUAUAAUUCAGUUAUUACCGAAGUAUUUUGGGUUUUCAGAAAAAGUAAUAUAAAAAAAUACGUUCGAGUAAACGUAGUUUAUUUCUCCCAAAUUACAAAUACGAGUGCUACGAUUACCUGCACUUUGGUAUAAACCAUGGUCAGUUAUGUACUUUCGAAAUGUGUUAGCGUUAUACUUUAAGAGUACAUAUGUUCAAAUUGUAAAUAGAAAUUUUAAUGUCAUGCGGAGGAAGAGUUGAUUUUCUUUUACCAUCGUUCAUAUAUUGUUUCUUGCCAUGGUUUAUGCUGAUGAUUAAUUCAUUACGAGCAAGUGUAACGAAUUUUAAAAAGAAAGUUGAAAUUCGUUUGACUGAUAGCUCGCGGGAUUUUUUACAUUGUACCUAAAGUUUUACGACAAAUAUAUCAGUUAUAUUCGUUUACGCAAAGAAACCAAUUAGGUAGAAACGUGAUAUAAUAAAGUGUUAGUAAAACAAAAGAAAAGAAAUAAGACUCAAAAGUGCAGAAAAUAUUUAUAUGUUUUGCAAAUUCAUAUAAACAGAAAUUAAACUCAAGAUACUUCGCGAAAUAUAAUAAAAGGAGUGUCGUGUUUAGUUGCAGUAUCGAAAUUUCUGCACCUAACACACAUAUACAUAUGUUAUACACGUGCGAGUAUAUACACUUACAUUCACGCUCUUCUUCGUCGAGUUAAGAUUCAUCAUCGCAUCUGCCAGAAUUUUUGGUGUCAGUUUAUGUAUAACAGUAUAUCACGAAACAACAGAGAAGUAUUAUCGACGUAAAACGAUUAACGCAAUGAAAGGGAAAAAAAGAAAAUUAUUCAAAUUCCGUCGGCAGCUAACGCAAAAUUAACGAGUCCACGGAUUGUAUAGUUUUAUAUACAUAUACAUAUAUAUAUAUAUAUAUAUAAAAUAAUGCAGUUAUCAUUUUACUAUUUGACGCCUGUAUCAAACGAACGACUGAUUUCGAAAAUUGAGUUCAUAGUACUUUUUAGAAUAACUAGAUAGCUUCUUCUGUCCGCGAACAGAAGAACAAAUCCGAAUCUUUCCACGGGUGGAACCUCUGACGCGCUUUCGUUCCUGAAUAUUUACGAGAAGCAAUCGAAUUCAGAUAAAUGUCAAUCAGUGUUCCAGCACCACGGGAACGAAAGUAGAAUAGGGAUUACUCUUGAAAAGAUCCGACCUAACUAGUUAUUUCCUUCGUGAUCCGUGUAUUACACGAAGCUUCUCUUCGUGUGAUCCACGCUUCGAAGUCUUGUUUUAUUGUAAUCAUUUUUAAAGGAUAUUACACACACAUACACACAGAAUCCUAUAACUACAUAAUGCUCAUAUUAGUAUUACAACGAAUAGAAGUACCAUUUUCACAUAUCUUCAUUCUAUAUUUUGUCAUUGUCAUAUGAAGGAUGAAUGGGGAUGGGGGAGGGGGGUGUAUCACACACUGGAGAUCGUUAACGUUGCUUUUUUUUUUGUUUUUUCUCUCUCACUCUCACUCUCUUUCUCUCUAUUACAGAAAAUUCUAUUAACGGGAAUGCAGGGGAUUAAGCGAAUAACGAAAUGAAAGAUGUAUACUCGGCUCAACGGGAUGGAAAAAGGAUGCGCAACUAUAGACGAUUGCUAAGAGACUCGGAUGAUUAAGGAUAAUCGUUUUUCUAGUACAAACGAACGAAUCGUAAUUUUAAGUAAACUACUAGUAACGUCUAUUUUUCAGAGAUAACUUAUAUAAGUUGUAUUGUUUACGAACAAAAACUGUUAUGCGAUCAACGGAAUCAUGACGCACGCCUAAAAUGAUACGUUUUAAUGUCUCGUUCUUGCAUUCAUCGAGUAGCAACAGUUUCUUCGAUUACGUUUCUUUUUUAACCGGUAGCUUAAUCCCUGUACAAUUUGUUCGAAGCAAAUGCAUUUCAUAUGUGUCUGAA